UGCGCAGUCUGGGCCGCUGGCUGCUGUGCCAAGCCCCUCUCCGCGGCAAGGGAGCCGGCUGUCUGGGCCCCUCCGCUCGCCUUCUUUUCCGGCAGUUGGGGCACUUCCUGUUGUCCUCACUCGCAACCGCCACUCGGCCGCUACCUCAGAGCCCCUCGCGCGACCCCUCCUCUCCUCUGGUCGGCUGGCUGCUGCCGCUGGGGCUUCUGUCCGUACAUCGAGACCGCUGGCCCGGCCGGCGUCUGCGGCUGGCCGCCGCCCCCAGCCCUGCCUCCCACUGGGCUCUGCAGCCAUGGCAAUGACAGGCUCAACACCUUACUCGUCCAUGAGUAAUCACACAAAGGAAAGGGUGACAAUGACCAAAGUGACACUGGAGAAUUUUUAUAGCAACCUGAUCGCUCAACAUGAAGAACGAGAAAUGAGACAAAAGAAGUUAGAAAAAGUGAUGGAAGAAGAAGGCCUAAAAGAUGAAGAGAAACGACUGAGGAGAUCAGCACACGCUCGGAAGGAAACAGAGUUUCUUCGUUUGAAGCGAACAAGACUUGGACUGGAAGAUUUUGAGUCCUUAAAAGUAAUAGGCAGAGGCGCUUUUGGUGAGGUGCGGCUUGUUCAGAAGAAAGAUACAGGGCAUGUGUAUGCGAUGAAAAUACUCCGUAAAGCAGAUAUGCUUGAAAAAGAGCAGGUUGGCCACAUUCGUGCGGAGCGCGACAUUCUAGUGGAGGCAGACAGUUUGUGGGUUGUGAAAAUGUUCUAUAGUUUUCAGGAUAAGCUAAACCUCUACCUAAUCAUGGAGUUCCUGCCUGGAGGGGACAUGAUGACCCUGUUGAUGAAAAAAGAUACCCUGACAGAAGAGGAGACUCAGUUUUAUAUAGCAGAAACAGUGUUAGCCAUAGACUCCAUUCACCAACUUGGAUUCAUCCACAGAGACAUCAAACCAGACAACCUUCUCCUGGACAGCAAGGGUCACGUGAAACUUUCUGACUUUGGCCUUUGCACAGGACUGAAGAAAGCACAUAGGACAGAAUUUUAUAGGAAUCUGAGCCACAGCCUCCCCAGUGAUUUCACUUUUCAGAAUAUGAAUUCCAAAAGGAAAGCAGAAACCUGGAAAAGAAAUAGACGUCAACUAGCCUUCUCCACGGUAGGCACUCCUGACUACAUUGCUCCCGAGGUGUUCAUGCAGACCGGGUACAACAAGCUCUGUGACUGGUGGUCGCUCGGCGUGAUCAUGUAUGAGAUGCUCAUCGGCUACCCACCUUUCUGUUCUGAGACCCCACAAGAGACAUAUAAGAAGGUGAUGAACUGGAAAGAAACUUUGACUUUUCCUCCAGAAGUUCCUAUUUCUGAGAAAGCCAAGGAUCUAAUUUUGAGAUUCUGCUGUGAAUGGGAACACAGAAUUGGAGCCCCUGGAGUUGAGGAAAUCAAAUGUAAUUCUUUUUUUGAAGGUGUUGACUGGGAACAUAUCAGAGAGAGACCUGCGGCAAUAUCUAUUGAAAUCAAAAGCAUUGACGAUACCUCAAACUUCGAUGAGUUUCCAGAAUCUGAUAUUCUUAAACCAACAGUGGCAACAAGUAAUCACCCUGAGAGCGACUACAAGAACAAAGACUGGGUCUUCAUCAAUUACACGUACAAGCGCUUUGAGGGCCUGACUGCGAGGGGGGCAAUACCCUCCUAUAUGAAAGCAGCAAAAUAGUUUCCUUGAAAUGGAAUUCUAAGUAGAGCAGACUUCCUUGUACAGCAUCACGGUUUUCAUCUCACAUGCUCUUUUGAAAGAGCUUCCAAGAAGCUUAUGGAACCCACCACUGUGUCAUGGUAAACUCUCCUGAAGUGCGACAGUAAGUGGGUUCCCUUCCAUAGCGCGUCUGCUGACCUGCAGAGCAGACACAACUCUCUCUGCUACAUCGGCCGCAAACAGCUGUCCUGCUUCCUUAGAAGCAUCAUGAGCCAAUUUGAUUUUGUAAAAAAAAACUUUUUUCCUAAGUUCAUCAGAACGAAGGGGGAAAAAACAGCCAUCAUCCAACAUGACUUAGAUUGUAACAUAUACUUAUUGAACAUCAGCCAACUCCUGUGAUUUUUGUGACAUGCUUUCUGCCAAGCCCACCAAGUAUUUUUUGUUUUUCUUUACAGCUUCAAAGAACCGAAACUUUAAAGUUCCAGAGUACUAAGGAAAAAAAGCAGUAACUCUUCAGCAGCCAGCCUCCUGGCUGAAGGAAGUGACCCACCCUCCCAGUGGGUGGUGAUGGUAGUUUCUCCCCAGACCUCGGCCUCGGGCAAGUGGCUUUGUAUAGCCUCCAUUCAUGGUGCACUUUAUUUAUGGUACUAGGAUAAAGACCCUCAGUGCAUUUUGAUUAUCUCCUCCAGCUCAUCUGAAAUACUCAUGCUGCUUUUCUGAAUGUUCAUGGGAACGGAUACCAGGUUGAGCCAUUGUUGCUCUUAGAAGGUCCCCAAAGCCACUGGGCCUUGCCAAGGCGUUGUGGCCCUCGUGGAAAACCCCAUUUCAUCCCACUGAUGGAUGUUGCUGUGGAACAGGAACUUUGUUCUUGGGACGAGCCCAGGCAGAAGCAGGAGGCCUGGGACCCUCUUGGCUAAGGUGCUACUCCUGCUCUGUCUCCAGAACCUCCUUGGAAGUGGUUGAAGGAACUGGCCCAGUACAAAGUGCAGAGCCAGCCUUCAAAUCCUUGUAAAAGUUCACGCCUCAAUCUUUGGUGCAACUGUAUUUGUAUUCGCUUGGUGUUUCUCCUUUUCCAACUUUAACCAUUUUGCCUUGGAAUCAUGAUUACAAAUUUUUGCUUUGCAGAUGCCUUCCCUAGCGGAUAGUCCUCUCCACCCUGAAGGGUCACCUGCAGGCUUGGGCUGACCAGGCCUCUCUACUGGAGUGUUCUCCUAAGAGAGAACCUCUUGAGUUUCAACACAAAGUGCCUUUUCUUUCACAGCUGCCACCGCCUUUAGAGGACUUUUGCUGCACCAGAAAACUGUGGAGGCUCCAUAUUAAUGCAUUAUCACUUUAAAAUUUUUCGAUAAUUCUUACAGCAUCACGUGCACUUGUGUAGUGACUUUGCCUGUUGCAGUGUCAUGGCCAUGCAACAACUGGGAGACUAUUUUAUUCCAGUCUUGAGGUUGUUACUAUCAGCUAAGAAAGGAAAGUAUGUCCCAGCUUGCCAUUCAGAAAAGAGAAAUGGAACAUCAAAUUUACAGUAGUAAGUGAGACUACUUUGGGUUUUAAAGUCUUAGAGGAAAAAA